UUCAGGCUGGGAUUCUGCGUGGAUCCAAUGCCGUCAAAAAGGAGGUGUCUGUGAAGUUUGAAGACUCAGUCCCAUUUGACCUAAUGACUGUGCUGAAGGAGGUAGAUAGUGGCUUUUCACAUAGUUAUGAUGAGCUGUGCUCAGAGUUAUCCAAGGGAGUUAUGCAGACAAGCCAACUGGCCGAAGUGCUGGAGCAGCUGCACCAGCAUGCCUGGCGAGCUGUGCGGCGAGCGCCACGUGACGCUGGUGCGCUCGGUGCUGGCCUGCAGCUGGCAUCGGCUGCCCGAGCGGCCGCUGCGCCGCUACUCUUCUCUCUGGUCGUGCUGCUGGCCACCACUCAGCCGCACUGCGCCAGCGACGCAAUCAAAGUCCUCGUCCACGCGCUGCAGUUCGUGUCGGAGGCCGACCCGCUGAAGGAGGAGCCGCUCGCCGGAGACCUGUCCGAGGAGGAGCGCUGCGUACACCGCGCUCGCCGUCCAGUCGCUCUGCGGGCACUCGACAUGCUGCUGCAGACGCUGUCUCAGCGGAUGCCGUACGUGAAGCGGCCGGCCCGGCAGCAGGCGGCCUACUUCAGCAGCUUGCUGUUGCUGUCCGGACAGCUGCCGCAGGCCCGUCCGCAGCUGCUGCGGCUGGUGUACCGGCGGCUGCUGCAGCUGGACGUGCUGUGUCCGCGCGACAGCCUGGCGGCGGCCGGGGACGCUCCGCCCGACAGGCCGUCACGCUCGACGCGCUGA